AACAGAAUAAGAAAAAGAAAGAAAAAAGAGAAAAGGAAAAAACCUCCAAUGUCCUAAUCCAAACUCGAUCAGUUUAUUUAUCAUAUCUCAAACCCUAACACGGCUAGCUAUCAGCCCUAACUUCACUCGCCAGCCGCCGCGCCGUCCGGCGUUCUCUCUCCUCCUUCCGUUUCUCAGAAUUUGCUAGCUUUGGAUUGGGAUUUAGCUGAUUUUAAGGUUUUAUAGUUUCAACUUUUCCUCUGUUAACUCCAAUGGCGACGGACGCGCCGGAUCAAAUCCCGGUUGAAGGGUUGGAAUCCGUGUCAAUCUCCAACUCCCAGUCAAAAGAGGAACCGUCUAGCUCCUCAAAUGAAGUUAACCAACUGAGUUUGGAGGAGAGGUACCAGAUUGUGAGAAGCGUGGGAGAAGAGUGCAUCCAAGAGGAUGAGCUCCGGAAUUUGCUUGCUAAGAAGCCCGAGCCCGUUUGCUACGACGGGUUUGAACCAUCCGGUCGAAUGCACAUUGCUCAGGGGGUUUUGAAGACGAUAAGUGUGAACAAGCUUACCUCUGCUGGGUGCAGAGUGAAAAUCUGGAUUGCAGAUUGGUUUGCGCAGCUUAACAAUAAAAUGGGGGGUGAUCUGAAGAAAAUUGAGACGGUUGGGCGCUACUUGAUCGAGAUAUGGAAAGCUGUCGGGAUGGAUCAAGAAGGAGGCAAAGUUGAGUUCUUAUGGUCGUCAAAGGAGAUUAAUGCAAGGGCUCACGAGUAUUGGCCUCUUGUAAUGGAUAUAGCUCGUAGGAACAAACUUCCGAGGAUAAUCAGGUGUAGUCAAAUCAUGGGACGAAACGAGCAAGAUGAGUUGACUGCUGCCCAGAUUCUCUACCCAUGCAUGCAAUGUGCUGAUAUAUUCUUCCUUAAGGCUGACAUUUGCCAGUUAGGAAUGGAUCAACGAAAAGUUAAUGUACUUGCAAGAGAAUAUUGCGACGACAUCAAAAGGAAGAACAAGCCCAUUAUUUUGUCACACCACAUGUUACCUGGUUUACAGCAAGGGCAGGAGAAGAUGUCUAAAAGUGAUCCUUCAUCGUCCAUUUUUAUGGAAGAUGACGAGGCUGAGGUGAAUUUGAAGAUAAAGAAAGCUUUCUGCCCUCCAAAGAUCGUGGAAGGGAAUCCAUGCCUAGAGUACAUUAAGUAUCUAGUUUUUCCCUGGUUUAACGAGUUCAUUGUGGAGCGCAGUGCGAAUAAUGGCGGAGAUAAGGUCUUCAAAAGCUUUGAAGAAUUGGUCGUUGACUAUGAAGACGAAAAGCUACAUCCAGCUGACCUUAAACCGGCAUUAUCAAAGGCAUUGAAUAAAAUACUAGAGCCUGUCCGGGAACACUUCAAAAAGGACAGCAAUGCAAAAGAACUUCUAAAAAGAGUUAAGGCUUACAGAGUCACCAAGUGAUUGAUGAUGAUGAAGUAUGGAGAUUUCUCUUCUUUCCCUUUCACUUUAUUCACAGGUUGGAUAAAAGGGUCUGAUAAUUUUGAUUGAGCAUACUGGCUAUUGUACUCAUUUUUAAAUAGUUGUAAUAGUAUAAUGCUGAUAUUUAUUCAGCAGGGCAUUAAACAUGCUUUGACUUUUUUAACCAUUUUUUGUUUUAUAUCCAGAUCUCCGUAUAGUGAGAAAAUGCUUUGGUUUA